CUGUGGAGACAACAUGAGCAGACUUGAGCUGCUGAACGUGUUUCUCAACGACAGGCUGACGGCGGCCGCUGAGGAGAUUUUCCGCGCCGUAAAAGACGCGGUGGUGGAGUACCAGAGUGAGAUCCUACGCUCCAAGCAGGAGAACGAGCGGCUCAAGCGGCUCCUCAACGUAGCCGUGCAGCGUCUGCUGCUGCAGCCAGAGCUUCACUCUGUCCAGCCCAGAGAGGAUGGCCAGUCCUGUGAGUCUGAGUGGAGAGGCAGUGUGGAGCUGCUGCCUCAAGUUAAAGAAGAACCAAAACUCACAAACAUUCAGACUGAGUGUUCACAUGAAGGAAGAGACUCAGAGGAAGGAAACUGUAGUCAUGUGGAGCCAGAUCAAAGGUCACAUCGUCCACCAGCCAAGACUGCUUGCAGCAGACUGAGCGUCUCCCCACCUCCACUCUCAUCCCAGGAGAUUAAGGCAGAGAGCAGCAGAGAGGACGACAGCUCAGCAUCCUCUCUGUAUGUUCAUUCACACUGUAGAGCAGCUCACAGUGAUUCUGGUGCCAGUCCUGCAAAGACUCACAGGACUCAGAAACCAGACCAGCAGAUGAAAGGGCUGACCCGCUCAAACGGAAAACCGAGCGCACACAUACUGCAGAUCAAGAACGUGAGAUCCCUGAAGCCUCCACUGCCUCGCUCCACUCACCCGAGCCAGAGCAUCCAGAGGUGGCACAGCUGUAAGGAGUGCGGGAAGGGCUUCAGCUUCGCCUGCCAGCUUGAGGUCCACAUGCGCUGGCACACCAAGGAGAAGCCGUACAGCUGCACAGUGUGCAGGAAGAGCUUCACCACCGUCAGCAUGCUCAAGAGGCACCACCGCAUCCACACCGGGGAGAAGCCCUUCCGCUGCCACGUCUGUGGGAAAUGUUUCAACCAGUCAGCUCACCUCAACACCCACUUCAGGCUCCACACCAGAGAGAGGGCCGUCUGGAGCCGAGCGCCACACUGCAAGUGAACGACAGCCUUCAGACUAACAGGAAGUUCAUCUGUCAACUGUGAAACGCUUGAGAUGUCAGGUUCAGACUGUACAAUAAUGGUGUUUGAUUGUGUGUCUUAUUGUUGUGCAAUAAAGCGCAGUAUAU